AUCAUAUUAUCUAGCUAAUCUGUUUUGAAAUAACUGUUCCAGACAUGGCCGGUGAAGAGGCAAUGGUGGAGAGGAUGGCAGAGCUGCAGCUGCGCCUCCAACAUCUGGACGCCCUCUAUAGGGCCAGAGAGGAGGAUGUGAACGUGCUUUCACAACACCUGGGCCAAGUCCUGGCGGGGGAGACCAAUGUCACUGAUCCCCGGGGGCUCCUGAACACUACGGGCCUUCUUAGGCCCCCUUCUGCUUACCACUUCUUGCCUCACCUUCUCCUAGGGCAGAGCCCUCUGCGGCCUGCAUAUUGUCUGUCUAAAGGCAGGACUGGAGUUUCUGUCAUAAUGGGUGUACCAACUGUUAAGAGAGCAGUACAAAGUUACCUUUUGUCAACUCUUCAGAAUCUGAUAAACUCAAUGAGCACAGAAGAACAGAAUGAUGCUGUUAUUGUAGUACUUAUUGCAGAGACGGAUGAAGAAUAUGUUCUAUCAGUUGCUGGUGAACUUCGAGAACAAUUUGAAAAUGAAAUAAACAUUGGUCUGCUUGAGAUUAUAUCUCCUCCUGCCAGCUACUACCCAGAUAUGAACCACCUCAGAACAACACUUGGUGAUGCCCCUGAGCGAGUUCGCUGGCGUACAAAACAGAACUUGGACUUUGCUUUUCUGAUGAUGUAUGCUCAACCAAAGGCUAUGUUUUAUAUCCAACUGGAGGAUGAUAUCUUGGCGAAGCCCCACUUCAUCUCAACAAUGAAAAGUGUAGCUCUUGAAAGGAUAGCCAAUAAAAAACCGUGGUUUGUCCUGGACUUCUGCCAGCUUGGUUUCAUUGGUAAAAUGUUUCGUUGUGUGGAACUUCCAUGGCUGAUACAAUUUUUCUUCAUGUUCUACAAUGAUAAACCAGUUGAUUGGUUACUUGAUCAUCUGAUCCACACUAAAAGUUGUAAUUUAGAAAAGGAUAUGAAACAUUGCAGAAAAGCAAAAGACGAACUUUGGAUACAUUACAAGCCCUCUCUUUUUCAACACAUAGGUACUCAUUCAUCUCUUAAGGGAAAAGUUCAGAAGUUAAAGGACAAACAGUUCGGGAAAGUGAAGCUAUUUUAUCCUCACUAUAACCCACCAGCAAUCGUACUGUCAGAGAUCAAGGCCUACAAACAAUACACUUUAAAAAGAGCUUAUGAAGGAGAAACGUUCUUCUGGGGACUGCUGCCUCAGCCUGGUGAUCACCUCUUCUUCAAGUUCACUUCACCCGUCAAUGUCACUAAAUACUUACUAAAGAGUGGGAAUGCUGAACAUCCAUCUGAUAGGUUUUAUAACACAACUGUAGAAGUUCUGCCUCUCAUCACCCCAACAGUGGUCUAUGAUAAUUUUAAUUACACUGCUGACGGAUUCAUCAUUAUAGGUAGAUUUGAUAAUAUGGGCAUUGCGGAAGGUAAAGUUGACCACAGACUUGGUGCCAUAAAAGAGAUAAGGCUGACUGUGCACAGCGAAAGUGAGAACUGGGCUAUUCUUAGUGAGAUACUAUUUGAAACUAAUGGGAACAGGUGA